AUGACAUUCUCCCCACAAGACAAUUACCUGCAAUUCCCACAAAUAUCGCAUGACUCAAACGAUGACUGCAAUUGGAUUCCGAUCAAUGAGCUCCAGUUUUCACUGCCGUUUUGCCUGACUCCCCCUGAUUCAGACCUGGGCCAGUCUGUGAGCUCCGUCAUCCAUGUAGGUGAAAAGGAGCAGCUACCACGAUGGACAGAGACAGAGCCAGGCUGGUUAGACAGUCUGGAGGCUUCCUACCAAAACCAAAAGACAUGUACUGACAGUACCACCCAUCCAUACUCACAUUUUCAAACCGAUGAUCGAACCUCUGCGGCACCUACCGUUCAUAACCAUCAGGAGCCGUACCCAGUCUCCGCCACUACACAAAAACCGAGCACAGGGCGGCGGAUACGUCGACAGAACCACUCGUGUGAUCCAUGUCGUCUGGCAAAACGGGGAUGCGACCUUCCAAGGGGGGUGGCAAUCUCUGGCAACAAACCCACAGUUGCUUGUACCAUGUGCUCCCUCCGGAGUAUGGAAUGUACGGUAGCCUGGUUAGCUAGCCGGAAACCCCCCCGCCACAUCCACAGGCGAGAAGAAACUCCCCCUAGAUCUCCAGCGGGCAACAGAGCUCCUAAUUCCCAAUGGAGACCAACUGAGGAUGUGUCCAGUGUGCAAGGUGUGACGUUGAUACCCCGGCCUGAAUGGGACCAAGCGAAGCAGCUGGAGGCACGAGAACAAUGCGUGCAGCACUUGUAUUUAUAUAUCGAUGUCGUUGAUAUACAGAUUGCAACCUGCCUUUCGGAGAGAUGCAUGCCUCCUUGCUAUUCUCUAGGGAUAGACGCCCUAGUGCCGUUGAGCAAUAGCGCCGAUAUAUCUCCGUAUCUAGAGAGCGCCCGAUCGAGCAUCAACAACUGCUGGGACAUGAAUCUGACAUCUUGGAACUUAGAAUCUGCGACACCCAAUCUUUACCUCGCUGUAUCACUACUGGACGCACUCUUUCAGCGCCCGGGGCUCUCGCAAAGCCCUAAAUCUCGCAAUAUGCGAGAUGACGCUAUUGAUGAAACAUACAAAUGGGUUGCUAUUGCAAUAGCCACCCAAUUCACAGUGCACGAAAACAACCAGACAAGAACGGCCAAGUCACAUUCGUGGGCCAGAGACAUUGCUUUUGCAACAUGGCAAAAGGCCAGAGAGAUGCUCUUCAAGAACAUUGGAGCAACUAGGUCUUUUCGCCUGGCACUCUCCCUCGUUCUCUUUGGCGGAGUUUUGCCACCAACAGGGCUGGAGCAGAGCGAAAUGUGUGCGGAGGAUAUCACUUUCGCGCACCGCGAAGGGGCUCGGCGUCUGCGGGCACUCUGUUCUAAUGCACGGGUGUAUCUCCAGGAAAAUCACAAGCAAGGAAGUCCUCGCCUCUCUGCAAAUGCGGUAGGCACCGGCACUGGGAGGCGAAAGCCACACAUAGUCCAAGCAUUCUCGUUCGAAGUUCGACAAUACAUCCUAGAGGUGGUUGGUGCCAUUGAGUGGUUCUUCUGGAUGUCUCACUCUGUCACCGUCGCCAUGUCUCGUGAGCGAAUGGACCCAAUGAGUCUCGAGCUUCGAGACACUAGUAUUAACAAAUUACCUUUGCGGGGCCCAGUACAGCCUGACAAUUCGGACGAACUGAAGACGAGAAGGCAUGAGCAAGAAAUUAAGGAUUCUAUUCUUGCGCGUGCUCGACCUAAAAAGCACAAUGUGACUACUUUGUGGUCCAAGAACGCAUCGUGCGAUGUUGUGGAUCGCGCUGUCACUAAUGCAGGCUCGCUUGCUGUGCUGCUGUGGCGAUCACUAGCGCUGCUGACAGUCGCAUCGCAAGAUUUGCUGACGGGCGUGGGAGAUGGGGAAAGCUUUCAGCGCCACUACACCGCGACAACUGUGCUCAUCGACUCAUGGAGAGUAGCCUUUGGCCCCAUUACCUCUACAACCAUUACGAGCUUACAAGCGUCCCGAGCGGAUGUCCGACGCAGGGUUCUAUUCUGUGCCACUGAUGGCGACCUGGCGAUUCUCCUAUUCGAUGAGCUUAUCCGCGAACUGGAGAUAAACCUCAUGGAAUCGUUGCCAGCUCAAGAUAGCCUUCACACGGUUCUCCGAUCGACGAGUGCGUAUCGCCAAGAGGUGAGGUUUGCAAGUGCCAUGAAUAUAUCCUACCUAGCAUCAUUGAGUAUUAGAGUGCCGGGUCCCGGACUCCAAGGGGGCCAUAAUCUGAAGGUGAAUGUGCAGGAUAUAGCUGCGCAUCCGCAACCGGCCCUUGUUGUUAAGGCCUAUACACUGGCUGCCAAAAUACUUGCGGACGAAAUCCAGCGUUUGAUGGCUAAGAUGGAGACAAGCAGUGUAUACACGCUGACAAACGGCCUGAACCACUGCUUGCAAGGACUGCAGGCGCUGGAAAAGACGCUCGUGAUGUUCCCGAACAGAGAAGGCGAUGGCAUGAAAGCUCCGCUAGAGUAG